CGCAGCACAAGUGAAAUGGUAAACGCACGUGAUAACGGAGUCUACAUGACAAACAUCGCGCAUAUUAUCUCCCUCACGGCUGAUAACCUCGUGGUAGAGUGUGGAGGUGUGGGCAAACUAGUGAACGAGAUUACAGUUCCUGGCAAGCCCUCACUGGAAAACCACGAACCAGUAAUGGAGUUUGAGAAAGCGUUUAAGUUAGUGGAACUGCUAGUGGGUAUUGUGGACACGGUGGUCUUCUGUUCUGUUCUGAACUUUAAUCUGGUGGAGAGUGCUAGGAGCUUAAAGCAGGGUGGUAUGAUGCGGAUAUCUCUACGAUUAGUGACGUGUCUCUCGACGAUAAACUGUCUCAAAAAGAGGCAAAGACAGAAGCUGAGACGAGCCGAUCUGGUACCGAAGUUGGUUCAAGAGGAAAUAAACUCAAAACUCACUCCGCUGGGUACUGUGGGGGAACCUCUUAGACUGCACCUGCUGAACAAGUUGGAGCAGAGACACAACGAGGACCUGAAGAUAGAUUACCUCCUGGAGGAGAAAGACGUGUACCACCUGCGGAGCUGCGUUAUGAGGGACCUUGACCUCUACAUGAAAGAGAGCGAGCAACAAGCACUUCAAGUGUUAUUCUACCUCUCAGUGCUCACUGUGACACAGUACCACGAAAUUGUUAACAGACACCGAGGUGGAAAUAACAUCACAGAGCAAGUACAGCGCGCUCUAGCCCACGUUGGUCCUCUCCUUAACGACUUGUUGCUGGAUUUCCAGGGUUUCUUCGCUAAAACCAUCCUGGGAACUCAUGGACGUGAACUUUUCAACGAGAGUUUAUCCUGUUUCAAAGGAGAAGUAUCAGUAGUGGAGCUCGCAAUGCAACUGUGCAGUCAGGAAUGGCUGACAGCUCUGGAGAAACACGCUGGUGUUUCCUUUACUAAGUUACUGAGGGAAGGGAGGCAUGUUGCUAGCAGCACUGAUGAGUAUCUGGUGAAACUAGCCCUGUGGUCAGAGAACGUCGCAGCAGAAGCGAUAGCUGAACACAUUGUCAGAGCUGCGGAGUUUGAAAUGUCUUCUAAACAAAUAGUUUCAGCACUGCUCGCGGAGCAGCACAACACGAUCAGAUUGUUACACAGCCAACAGAAACAGUCCCUGGUAACGGGAGAAAAGGGAUGGGAGUACGUGAAACAGUUUAGUGAACAGCUCAACUUGGACACUGAACAUGUCACUCAUUACAGGUUGGACUCAUGGGAGGACAGUUCGAGAAGACGGUAUAAGAUGCUCUACAACCCAACAGGGACCACUCAUCCUCAAGCUGUAAUGCACCCUACUGUCAGAGUUCCAGCAAACAGAGAAAUAGAAUGUGGCUCACCAAAUCACGUGAUAGUAGCACAACAAUUGAAAAAGAGCCAGCAGCCACCGGAAGAUGACGAGGAGCAGGACACGGCUGUAGAUGAGAAUGAUAUUGAUAAUAAUAAGGGUAACCUUCUAUUCAGCGAGCGAGCCACCCUACUCCUACCCGGCCGACGUCUAACAGGCACGCUGACAAUAACAAAACUAGCUGCCAUGUUCAGUGCUAGCGAGUCACGUGAGGAGGAAAACUACAAGUUCUACAAUGUAGACGUAUCCGCUGUGUUCACCAGACGCUACCUUCACCUGUACCGGGCCCUGGAGGUGUUCACUAUUGGACACAGGAGCUGGUUGUUCGUGUUGACGGACUACGAGGCAGUGCGGCGCGCAGUGGCCUCGCUCCCCCGCGUGGGAGUGGGUCUGCAGUAUGGGUUACCUAGUCGCAGACAGAUAUCUCUAGCUCAUCCUAGGAGGCUCCUUAGAGAGUCUAACAUCAUGGACAAAUGGAGAAGCCGUGAGAUCUCAAACUUUGACUACCUCAUGUUCCUGAACACGAUAGCAGGGAGAUCUUACAAUGAUUUGGGACAGUACCCAAUCAUGCCCUGGAUACUUAAAAACUACACUUCUGAAAAGCUUGACCUCUCCGAUCCCGGUAACUACCGAGACUUGAGUCGCACAAUGGGAGCCCAAACAGCAGAACGAGCAGCUAAAUUCAGGGACAAGUUCGAGAUGAGUAAGGAAGGAGUUGCUCCUCCAUUCCAUUAUGGGACCCAUUACAGCACCCCUGGAUUUGUGUUGAUGUGGUUGUUGAGAGUGGAACCCUACACGACCAUGUUCCUGAAGCUACAGUCUGGAAAGUUCGAUCACCCCUGCAGGGCCUUCUCAAGUGUGGCCCAGGCUUGGGAUAACUGUCAACGUGAUAUGGCCGAUGUAAAGGAGCUGAUACCAGAGAUGUUCUACCUAUCGGAGCUGUUUGUAAAUGAUAAUGGAUACGAGCUAGGAGAUGAUGAGGAGGGUAACUCCGUGAACACCGUCACACUUCCUCCCUGGGCUAAAGAUCAUCACCACUUCCUGCAGGUGCACCGUGAGGCGCUGGAAAGUGAGUACGUCAGCUCAAACCUCCACAAGUGGAUAGAUCUGAUAUUCGGCAUCUCUCAGAGGGGUGACCAGGCCCAGGCUGCUAUUAAUAGUUUCUACUACACUACAUACGAGGGUUUGUGUGACCCAAGUCAGGUGGAUGAUCCAAUAAUCAAGGAGGCACUGGAGGAACAGAUAAGAAGUUUCGGACAAACCCCACCUCAACUUCUGACCACGCCCCAUCCUGCGCGCAACAGUAUUCAACACGUGCUCAAUGCUAACAUCAAGAAUCUCAACGGUAUAGUAUCUGUACUGAACCCAGUGAAAGAUCACCCAGUAACGCUCGUUAAACCCCUCCUUAAUCCUUCACUCCACUCUUCUCCUGUGCUCUUCACUGUUUCUGCUAACCAAACUAUUACUACCAACAAAUUCGUACCUUCAAUUCAGAAUGCGUACCAAGUAUUCGUAGAGUCAGACCCCUCCCCGCGCCAUGUGAAGGACCCAAUGGACCCGACAUUAUCUUCUCUCCCCUCAAGCUAUGCUGUGUCACCUGACGGUAAAGUUCUCUUUUGUGCAGGCUUCUGGGAUAGUUCCUUCAAGAGUUUCGCUGUUGACACAGGCAAACAGGUUCAAGCGAUGUUUGGACACCGAGACUUGGUUACGUGUAUCUCUAUCACUGAUGUCGCUAUUUCUCUUCACGUUCCACAUACCCGACUUGCGGACGGGAUAAUAGUGACCGGGUCACGUGACGCUACAGUCUGUGUGUGGGACUGGAGUGGGAAAAUACAGAGAGUAACAGGAAUCGACGGAAAACAUGCCUCAGCUCGGUCAGUGCUGACUGGUCAUGUGGGUCAGGUGGAAUGUGUACACGUGAGUGGUGAGCAGGGAACUGUAGUCAGUGCUAGCAGAACUAGCCCCAUACUCCUGCACCGCGUGACUGGAGAACUCAUCCGCAAAAUAAAAGUUCCGCCCCAAUUUAUGAUACCCUCGAGUAUUUUGAUAACAAAACGUUGCGAAAUAGUCGCUCACUACGCCGACCAGUCGGGGUACUUGGCCGUCUUCUCUGCUAACGGACAUAUCAUGAUCACUCAGGAGCUCCAGGAGCAAGUACUGAGCAUGAUAUGUGACAGGGAAGGCAACUUCCUGAUAACCGGAGGGUUUAACUUGACGCCCGUUGUAAGGAGCAUUAAAACUCUCUCGCCUGUCCUGAGAUUGGCCCCCUGCCAGAGUGCCGUCAGAGUACUGUCUCUCAGCCAGGAUCAGAGGUUCCUGAUCGCUGGUCUAACCAACGGAACUAUAAAUAUCUACCCAGUAGAUCUACGGAGAAUAGUGGGAGACAACUAUGCUACUGCGGGCAAUCAAUGAGUAGCAAAAUUAGCCAAUUAAUUAAUUGGACAAUUAGGGUAAUUAAUCCUCUUCUCUGGAUGUGUAAAUUGUUAUUUGGGACUAUGACCGCGUUAUUGGGACUAGAGAAUUGAAAUAUUUCCAGAGACUCUUCAAAUGAUUGUUGAGUCUGUAUUCAGAUAUUGUUUAAAAGUUCUACGAUUAAAGCGUUUAUUUAUUCGUCGAUUCUCAAUUCUUUGCCUCUUUAAUGUUUUCGUAAUUUAUUCGUGAACGUCAAAUUUACCAUUUGCCACGAUGCAGCACAAAGUUAUAAUAUUGUAGAUCUAGAUUAUUUAAAUGACUUAAUUUGUAUUUUCAGUUGCAGACCAGUUUUAAUCGAGGUACAUUCUGGAAUUGAGAGCAUUGUAAUUACAAUUUAAAGAUUUAUUGAUAAAUUCCGAUAUUUAAACGUAAAUUUGAUAUUGUUGCUAGUGAUAUGUGACACUUCAAUUUACAAUUUACUUUUAGUGAGUGAUUCACAUGAAGAUUGCAGAUUUAAUUUUUUGUCGAAGCCGGCUUUGACUUUAUGUAUUUAUGCUUUUAGAUUUAAUUUUAAUGGUUGAAGUAUUAGGAAUCUGAUUUGAUUUUAAUGUCGAGUUGAAGUGUUUGAAUCUGGUUGGAAUCGAGUUAAAAUAUUGCCCAGACCUUAUUGUCAAUUCGAGUAUCUCAGUGAAGUUAUACGUUUGUGACUUUUCUUUUAAAUAUUUCGAAUAUUUGUGCUUUAAAUUAAAAAAGUUAGUAGAAAUCUCAGUCACAAGGUUUACGUAAUAACUUUGAUUCACGAUGUCAAUCCUUCGCAUCUCGCCGAUCUGCAUAUGGCAUACAUGUGGUUGCGAGAAGAUGCGCGGCGCAGCCCAGUAGUGCAUAGCCCUACAAGUAAUAACUCGGUUUUACACUUCUCUGCCUGGAAUAAAUAUUUCAACGUUAUUUUUUGUGGAACUGUUAGUGUUAGUGCUGAUGGAUAUACAGGGACUCCAGUGUAUCUUGAUAAUGAUAUUGAAUUUGAACAUUAUUGAUAUUCUUUAUUUCAACUUGAUUAUAUUUAUCCCUAUCGGUCG